CAGAGCAGUCUCCAUGAAUCCCUCCGCGGGGUCAGACACACUUUUUUACACAACACCAACAAAUGAGCAGAAUGUGACGCAGACAUGGACACAGCAAGGUCCCGUGAACGCUCAUUACUGUGUAACCGGUGACCCGGGCCCGGUGAGCGCUCCCGCUGUUCCGCGCUGUGAUACGCUGAGCGGGACCUACUUCUCCUGCUGGCGCUGACAGGCGGUGCUUCGGUCGCUCCCAAACAUGGCCUCCAUGACGGAGCGACCGCUUCAACUUUAAUUUUUCUCCACUUUUCGGAUGAAAUCGUGUUUUUUUGCUUGUACGAUGUUCGGGAAUGUUCGGUCGCGCACUCUCGACAUGUCGGAGCUGUGAAGGACCGCGCCGCCGCAUGUGAACGCGUCGCUUUAACUUAAAGCUGGAGAGGAAAAAGAGAAUCGCAUCAAAUCAAAUGCCGUCUGAGGCUCAGUCUCAGGAGCCUCGGGACAGAGGACCGCCCCCUCCCGUCACUCGGGCUGGACGCAGUGCUCAGCUGGCGAAAGCCGCCGCAACAAGCCUAACCAGUGAGAGGCGGUCUCGAGGGCGACCGCGUAAAGAUGGGAGUGGUGGUCACUCUGCCCCGUCUCCUUCUCCUCCCCCUCCAGCUCCCAAAUCAAAGACGAAGGGGCGGAGUCGGGGACGAGCCCAGGUAGAAGAUGAAGAGAGCAUGGAGAAGAAACUUCCACACAAGACAGAUCUGAAAGAGGUGAAUGAGAAGACCACAGGACGCCAACGAUCCACAUCCAGAAAGAAGUCUACCACAAACCCAGAACCUGAACCUGAUCCUGAUCCAGAACCAGCACCCAGCCAGGACUGUCUCAGUUCACAGUCUAAGCUUGAAGCUGACCUUGAGCCACCUCUCCCUGACCUCACAGUCCCAGAGUCCGGUCCAGAACCAGUUCACAGUACUGAGGUGGACAGCAGAACCAGUCCUGGUCCAGGUGACAAACCUCAGCUGCCCACCUCCUCCCUGGACCACAGUCCAGUUCAAAACCCUGCCUCAGACCCCAGUCCAGCUCCUGACCCUGUGAAGGAGGAGGAGGACAUUCCCACUCAGAGGUACAGCCCCACCCCCCCUGAGGUGGCCUACAGUCCCAGCAGGGUUUCCAUGGAGACAGAAGGGGGUGGGGCCAGUCCCAUGGACCAGAGUCCUGCUCUUAGUCCCUGCUGCAGUCUUCCUGUCUCCCCAUGUCCCCAACUGGAGGACGAGGACCCUGUGUCCCCGCUGUUCCAGACUCUGUCUGAUGACCCCGGGGGCUCACCCACGCCGAGCCUGGGCCACGCCCAAAAACAUCUGAAGCAGUGUGCCUUCUGUUACCGUGGUGACGACCCUCCACUGGGCCAGGGUCGUCUGGUGGUGUUUGGCCCGACGCCUGGCUACAUCCCCCUCCACAUCCUGAACCGCCGCGCCUCCUCCGACCGCGACAGUGACUGCCACGACCACUGCUACCGCGGCGGCCAGGCCCCGCCCUCGUGCAGCAGUCCAGAGCAGGGUGGAUCUUCCUCCGAGUUCCUGGAGCAGCUUGGUCUCAUCGGUCUCCCACAUGACAUCAAUGUCCAAUCACUGUUUGACCCUACAGGUCAGUGCUGUGCUCACCUGCAGUGUGCGGCCUGGUCAGAAGGGGUGUGUCGAGGCGAGGGCCAAUCACUGCUCUACGUUGACAAAGCCAUUGAUUCAGGAAGCACACAGGUUUGUGUCUUCUGCCAUCGCCUCGGGGCAUCGCUGCGUUGCCAAGAGCCAGGCUGUGGGCGGCAUUAUCACUUCCCCUGUGCUGCUGCUGCAGGAGCUCAUCAAGACUGGAGCCAGACACACACACUGUGUACAAGACACACACACACAGUCUCUCCACAGUGUGUGUUGUGCUCAGGUGACGGUGAUGUCAUCAGUCUGUUAAUGUGCUGUUGCUGUGGUAACUAUUAUCACGGUAGCUGCCUGGAUCCUCCUCUAAGCCCCUCCCCUCUGUUGCGGGUCGGCUGGCAGUGUCCCGAGUGUCGAGUGUGUCAGAGUUGCAGGUUGCGUGGGGAAGAUGACGGCGUGCUGCUGCUGGUGUGUGAGCGCUGUGAUAAAGCCUACCACCCUCACUGUCUGACACCUGCACUGGAUCACAUGCCAAGCAGUGGCUGGAAGUGUAAGAGCUGCAGGAUCUGCCGUUGCUGUGGUGUGAGGUCAUCAGGCCAAUGGGCCAAUCACCCGUUUCUUUGCAAGCCAUGUGACCCAGCCCUGCCCUGUCCUGUCUGUGGCCGCACCCAUGAUCUUUACACACCACAGCAGUAUCUCACCUGUACCAGCUGUCAUAGGUGUGUCCAUACAGAGUGCUUUGUCCAGACUGGGGAGGGCAGGGCAGGAUCUGAAAGUUACAUCUGCUCCACCUGCAGGUCUCAGGAGGAGGAUCAACUUCCAAAUAGUCUAGUACCAUGCAGUCCUACUCCAGUCCGGCCCAUCAGUUCCACACCGAUUCCACCCAUGAGCAUGUCACAGCCAUCAAUCCACAGUCUUAUUGAGGGUCCACCUCUCAGUCCCACCACACAAAGCCCAGUGUUGCUCACCCGCACAGAGACACCGCAGAGCCAGAGCAAGACCAUGGGUUCACCAUCGCAGUAUAGUCUUAAACCAUGUCAUCCUGAUUCAUCAGAAGUCCAAUUAAGCCCUCGAAUUGCUCACAUUGUUCCUUUGGAGCUUAAUCUAAGUCCUGCACACACUCGACCUGAUUCAUCAGAGCUCCAACAAAGUCCUUCACCCAUGCAGCCCGAUUCAUUAGACCUCCAACAAAGUCCUGCACCCAUUCAGCCUGAUCCAUCAGAGCGCCGACAAAGUCCUGCACCCACUCAACCUGAUUCAUCAGAGCUCCAACAAAGUCUUGCACCCAUUCAACCUGAUCCAUUAGCGCUCCAACAAAGUCCUGCAACCACUCAACCUGAUUCAUCAGAGCUCCAACAAAGUCCUGCACCCACUCAACCUCAUUCAUCAGAGCUCCAACAAAGUCCUGCACCCACUCAACCUGAUUCAUCAGAGCUCCAACAACGUCCUGCACCCACUCAACCUGAUUCAUCAGAGCUCCAACAAGGUCCUGCACCCACUCAACCUGAUUCAUCAGAGCUCCAACAAAGUCCAGCACCCAUCCAGCCGGAUUCAUCAGAGCUCCAACAAAGUCCUGCACCCACUCAACCUGAUCCAUUGGAGCUCCAACAAGGUCCUGCACCCACUCAACCUGAUCCAUUGGAGCUCCAACAAGGUCCUGCACCCACUCAACCUGAUUCAUCAGAGCUCCAACAAAGUCUUAGCCCACUCAACCUGAUUCAUCAGAGCUCCAACAAAGUCUUACCCACUCAACCUGAUCCAUUGGAUCUCCAGCAAGCUCCUGCACCCACUCAACCUGAUCCAUUGGAUCUCCAACAAACGCCAACAAAGUCCUGA